GGCCCGCACUCUGUCCCCGUCGGAUUACUGUAGAGAUUGAUCUCAUGGGCAUGUACGAGAUGUCGGACAUGGCUGUCGGUCCUGUCGGUCACCGUGCGCCUGGUGAUGAUGAUGAAUUCGACAAUAACCAUGGUGACAGUGGCAACGAGACAACAAGCGCGUCCAUAGCUCCCAGCGGAUUCCUGUCUGAGGAGGAAGUGGUCCCGGGCCCUGUCACGAUUCGAGAGCGCAAGGAGGAAGCUUUCUUGGAGUGCAUGGAGGCGUUGGAGGAUCUCCUCGCUGCGAGGCAAGGGCUUGCAACCUCGAUGCGAUCGGGAUUCUUCAACGUGGCGCAAGCUCGCUAUGCGAUGGGACCUUCUCGAGUUGGGCGUCUGCAAUAUGACUCAAGGGACAUAUCUGCCACAGCAUUGGUCGACAUUGUAGGUGGAAGAACAAGUCAGGAAGAUCCCGAGGAUGGUGAUGGCAUAGCCACUCCCCGUUUUGUGCUGCAGACGAGAGGUCCCUGCAGAACCGUCCAGGACGAGCGCCCAUCGGAUGAUUCUCGGAAUGAAGAGCACUCAGGAGAAGGCCGAAAGCAGGAGCAAGGACUCCGACAGAGAAAAGGGAAAGGUGCAGCGAACUCUGGGAUUUCAGAAGACGCGGGAACCGACGAGGGGGAAGCUUUGAAUGCUCUGGCAGCGGAACGACCAGGAGGAGGAUCGCGGCCUGGAGGCAAUUUGUCCCCUUUGAAUUGGUUUGGAGCCCUUGUCUCACCACAUCUGCGCAGUGCCCAGGUUGAAUUCUCUCAAGCGCUGAGCCAUGCGGUGAGAGUGGCAAAUGCAUCUGCCCGUGCUGAGAGAGCAAGAGCACAGUUUUUGGCACUUGGCUGUUCAAGAGUAGCCAGAGGUGGUUGUGGCAGUGCUGGAGAGGGAGGAGAAACAGCAUCAAGAACAGAGCCAGGGAAUAGCAGAAACCUUACGGAAAUAAGUACUUGUGAAAAGCACGGUACUUCCGUAGCGAUCGAGUCUCGGACUGUCAUCGAUCACAGCUUGAGCGCGCGUGGGCGGAGCGUCAGCGAACCCUUUGAUGAGAGAAUGGAGGCGAGUGAGAUCCAGGUUGCUGAUUAUCGUAGCAACGCAGGUAGGGUAAAAGCCUCAUUGAUGCCCGCGAGUAUUGUGGAAGAACUUGCUCAGAAGUAUGGUUUAUGAAAUGAAGUUUGGAUGUUUAG